CCCUGCGCGCCUGCGCGGCGCGCGAACCCGAGCGGCAUGGCGUUCCGGCAGGCGCUGCAGCUGGCGGCCUGCGGCUUGGCUGGGGGCUCGGCCGCCGUGCUCUUUUCGGCCGUGGCGGUGGGCAAGCCCCGCGCGGGUGGAGACGCGGAGCCGCGCGCGACCGAGUCGCCGGCGUGGGCGGGGGCAGUGCGCCCGGGACCCAGCGUCUGGGACCCCAACUGGGACAGGCGAGAGCCCCUGUCGCUGGUUAACUUGAGAAAGCGGAACCUGGAGUCUGGAGAAGAGGAACUGGCCUCCAGGCUGGACCACUGCAAAGCUAAGGCCACUAGGCACAUCUUCCUCAUCAGGCACUCACAGUACCAUGUGGAUGCCAGCCUGGAGAAGGACCGCACUCUGACAGCCCUGGGUCGAGAGCAGGCUGAACUGACUGGUCUCCGGCUAGCGAGUUUGGGACUGAAGUUCAAUAAGAUUGUGCAUUCCUCCAUGACCCGCGCUGUGGAGACCACUGACAUUAUCAGCAAGCAUCUGCCAGGUGUCUGCCGAGUCAGCACCGACCUGCUGCGGGAAGGCGCCCCCAUUGAGCCUGACCCACCUGUGUCUCACUGGAAGCCGGAGGCUGUGCAGUAUUAUGAAGAUGGAGCCCGGAUCGAGGCUGCCUUCCGCAACUACAUCCACAGGGCAGACGCCAAGCAGCAAGAGGACAGCUAUGAGAUCUUCAUCUGCCACGCCAAUGUCAUCCGCUACAUCGUGUGCCGAGCGCUGCAGUUUCCACCAGAAGGCUGGCUCCGCCUCUCGCUCAACAAUGGCAGCAUCACCCACCUGGUGGUCCGGCCUGAUGGGCGUGUGGCACUCAGGGCCCUUGGGGACACAGGCUUCAUGCCUCCUGACAAAAUCUCCCGCUCCUGAGGGCACUGGACCCACCCUCACCCUACCUCCGUUCCCCCUGCUCAGCAGCCACAUUCCCUUCUCCCCAUGGACACCCUGGCAGCACCCAGGACCCAGGAGGACUGGCUUCUGAGCCAGAGGCUGGUGCUCUGUCCAGGCUAUCUUCCUGCCCUCAUCAACCAGGAUUGCCUGUGGGGCGCAGGGAGGCCCUGUGGGACUGGACAAGUCUGAGAGACAGAUGCCCAGUACCGGCCUGUGGCUCUCCAGAUGUGGUCCUGCAUUUCUAGUGGCGCCAGGGCUCCCGAGCAGCCCAUCCCCCUGGAACUGAUUCUGCUUCAAGACAGUCUUCACUGACACCCUUUGUCACCUAGACAAAGGUUGUCCUCAUCUGGAUUCUUGCUUUGAUGGCCAGUUUUUCACUCCAUUUAGGGGCCAUGUCAUGGCUGGGUGUUUGUGGGUCCCAGGUAUACCUGCAUAGGUUAGGGAGGUGACCUGGCCAGGGCCACUGCACAAAACACUUAUCCAACAACUCAGUCUGAGUUUGCUUUCAUGCUUGUGACUAAACAGCAGACGGCACGUGUCCAUCCCAAAUCUUAUGUUAAUUUAGGAAAAAACCAUGUAAUUUCUAUGAAGUAUAUGGACAUUUUCUGUAGUCAGUACAGUAACAGAUGUGUGGUCCAUUUUCUGUGUCAACUUUGGAAGUAACCAUAAAAUAAAAUUUUAUUUUACU